AGGAACAUCUAUUAUUCAUGCUUAGUGUUGGGAAACUGGAGAGAGCGUUUAGCAUUACGAUUUAUCAAGAGGGAGAAAAAGACCCCCCAGAAGAUAUCAGUGGAGGGAUACCGAAUGACAGUCGUCCAGGUAUUGGUAAAGCACUUGAGCUAGAGGGAUUGUCUGAAGUGGGGUUGAAGCAUGGGCUGUGCUUCAAGCAUUCAUAUCUCCGAUAGGGUGGUCUAUCAAAGUGGAAAGGAAUCGGACGAUUCCCAGCAGACCAAUGCCACUCCUGCCCCAGGACUUCUGAUCAAACCCAGCACUAUCAAGAACACAUUUACCCAGGUGCAGUUUGGACCAAUGAGGUUAUACGAAGAUCAUCUUGAGGUACUGUUAGUAUUUGCCAAAGAGGACAGCCAGAAUAAUGGGUUCUGCUGGGCGUGUGAGAAGGCCAACUUCAGGUGUAACGUGGCGAGGACGCCAGAGGCAGCGCUGGAGUGUUUCCAGGAAAAGCACCACGACCUCGUCAUCAUCGACCACAGACAUUCCAGAUACUUCGACGCUGAAUCACUAUGCCGGUCGAUCAGGGCGUUGACCUCUUCAGAAAACACUGUGAUAGUCGCUGUAGUAAAAAGGCCGGACAGGGAGGAGGCCUCGGUGAUGCCCCUUAUCAAAUCUGGCUUUAAUAGGAGAUAUGUGGAGAACGCUAACAUGAUGGCCUGUUACAAUGAGCUGCUGCAGCUGGAGCGUGGAGAAGUUCUGGCUCAGUUCAAACUGAGGGCGUGUAAUGCUAUCUUCACAGCAUUGGAGCAGAGUCAGGAGGCCAUAGAGAUCACCAAUGAGGAUCAAGUCAUUCAGUAUGUGAACCCUGCCUACGAGAGCAUCAUGGGUUACCAGCAAGGUGAACUAAUAGGGAAGGAAAUAACAGAAGUGCCUAAAAGUGAAAAGAAUAAGCCUGAUCUCCUUGAAACCAUAAACUCCUGCAUCCAGAAAGGAAAGGAGUGGCAGGGGAUGUAUUAUGCCAAAAAGAAGAACGGGGACAGUGUCCAACAAAAUGUGAAGAUCACACCUGUGAUCGGACAGGGAGGUAAAAUCAGACACUACGUGUCUAUCCACAGGCCUUUACAUGAUCAGAAUAAGACAUCCAGUGAACGGGUGCAGGCAGAGUCUCAGACAGACAUCCAGUCCAGUAAGCAUAAGGACCGGAGGAAAGGCUCGUUGGACGUCAGAUCGACUACGUCUCGAGGGAGCGAUGGCAGUUCCCAGAGAAGACACUCCUCCAUGGCCAGAAUCCACUCCAUGACCAUCGAAGCUCCAAUCACCAAGGUGAUCAACAUCAUCAACGCAGCCCAGGAGUCUAGUCCAAUGCCCGUAGCAGAGGCCCUGGACCGGGUCCUGGAGAUCCUGAGGACCACAGAGCUCUACUCUCCUCAGCUGGGCACCAAGGAGGAAGACCCUCAUACUAACGACCUGGUGGGAGGACUGAUGACGGAUGGCUUGCGCAGAUUAUCAGGAAACGAAUACAUCUUUGCUGCGAAACAGCCCCACCUCCCAAGUCACCUAGCCAUGCCCCUGUCGUUGAAUGACAUCCCUCCUCACGUUGCCCAGACAAUGGAGAAUGAAGACUCCUGGGACUUUGACAUCUUCAACCUGGAGACUGCCUGUCUGAAACGGCCUCUGACCUAUCUGGGCCUGAAGAUCUUCUCUCGGUUCGGGGUGUGUGAGUUCCUGAGCUGUCCCGAGGCCACUCUCCGUUCCUGGCUGCAGGGGAUCGAGGCUAACUACCACUCCACCAACUCCUACCACAACUCCUCGCAUGCUGCCGAUGUCCUGCACGCUACCGCAUACUUCCUCUGCAAGGAGAGGGUCAAGCAAAGUCUGGAGCAGAUUGAUGAGGUGGCGGCUCUGAUAGCAGCCACGGUACACGACGUGGAUCACCCGGGACGCACCAACAGCUUCCUGUGUAACGCAGGAAGUGAGCUGGCCAUCUUGUACAACGACACGGCCGUGCUAGAGAGCCACCACGCUGCCCUUGCCUUCCAGAUCACCACACGGGACGACAAGUGUAACGUCUUCAAGAACAUGGAGAGGAAUGAGUACCGUACCCUGCGUCAGGCCAUCAUAGACAUGGUGCUCGCCACAGAGAUGACAAAACACUUUGAGCACGUCAACAAGUUCGUCAACAGCAUCAACAAGCCGCUGGCCGCGCUGGAGGAGAACGGGGGAAUCGGCGACGAGGAGUCUGUCAAAGGCAUCCUAACGUCCCCAGACAACCGGAUCCUUGUCAAGCGCAUGCUGAUCAAGUGUGCCGACAUCUCCAAUCCGUGCCGACCGCUGGAGCUGUGCAUAGAAUGGGCCGGGCGCAUCUCAGAGGAAUACUUUGCACAGACUGACGAGGAGAAGAGGCAGAGUCUACCGGUGGUCAUGCCUGUGUUUGACAGGAACACCUGCAGCAUUCCUAAGUCCCAGAUCUCCUUCAUAGACUACUUCAUCACAGACAUGUUCGACGCCUGGGAUGCGUUCGCAGACCUUCCCAACCUCAUGCAGCACCUGGACAACAACUUCAAGUAUUGGAAAGGCUUGGACGAGAGGAAGCUGCACAGCCUGCGUCCUCCCCCAGAGUAGGAGCACCCUGACUGGGGUCGACGCCAGGCCUCGGGCCCCUCCUUGGUUCCAGUCCGCCUGCGCCCCCCCCCCCCCCCCCCCAGAGUAGGAGCACCCUGACUGAGGUCGACGCCAGGCCUCUCCUUGGUUCCUGUCCGCCUGCGUCCUCCCCCAGAGUAGGAGCACCCUGACUGGGGUCGCCGCCAGGCCCCGGGCCCCUCCUUGGUUCCCGUCCGUCCAGGGGCCACCAAGCCUUCACUCUUCUGCUUCUGUAACACGCCAUCAAGCGUCCACAUGUCCGUCCAACAGAGACAACACACACGGACGGACGGACGGACUGCAGCAACACCAGGCUCUUGCUUCGUACAUAAAACCUCGCUAGCUGAGGAUGGAUGAUGGACAGACACACGGCGCCUCAGAGUCCUUAUAAACUACCAGUGCCUGGUGGGCUUGUCUGUAUGCUCCUACUGCUGCCAGGGAGGCUGUGUGAGGGACUGUUCUUCUCCCAGCCAACCUGGUGAUGGACGUACCAUCCCCUUAUAGUACUCACACACGGGUUCCCCCUGCCUCUCUCUCUCUCUCUCUGUCUCUCUGUCAGUCAGAGGCCGGCUGAUGUUACUCUCUCUGCAGACUGACUGCACUGUUGGUUAGAGCUACGGAGAAACACACAAACGAACUGAGCGUUGAGAUGUUAGGUGGUUUCAAGUCUCAGGCACCUCCAAUGAAAAACUGUUUGGGGGAUCAGCUGAUGGGACAGGUCACAUUACACAGUUUUUCCUCCUAAAUGGCACCCUAUUCCCUAUAUAGUGCACUACUUUUAGGAUAAAAGAGUCUAUGGGGCUCUGGCCAUAAGAAGUGCACUUUAUAUAGAGAAUAGGGUUGCAUUUGGGAUGGCCAACAAUGUCAAAUCCACGUCAGACCGUACUACCCAGUGUGUGGUGGGCAUUCCGACCGGAUAAAUCCCUAUAUCACCCCCCGGUGGCCACCGGGUCUAACUACACUCCACCUCCACCAGCUGCCACCAUCACCCUUUACUAUGUCUUCUAGCUGUAUUUCCUUUGUUUCUUUGUCCUUCAGAAGCACCUCGUCCACUAGAGGACCUGUAGCGACGGGAUGGGACACGAGGCCGUCCUAAACACACUAAAAUUGUGUUCCAUAUACCACCCUAUUCCCUUUAUAGUGCACUACUGUUGACCAGAACAAAUCAUCAAAUCAAAUCAAAUGUAUUUAUAUAGCCCUUCGUACAUCAGCUGAUAUCUCAAAGUGCUGUACAGAAACCCAGCCUAAAACCCCAAACAGCAAGCAAUGCAGGUGUAGAAGCACGGUGGCUAGGAAAAACUCCCUAGAAAGGCCAAAACCUAGAGAGGAACCAGGCUAUGUGGGGUGGCCAGUCCUCUUCUGGCUGUGCCAAGAGUAGUGCACUAUUGCCGUAUCGGCCCUGGUCAAAUGUAGUGCACUAUAAAGGGAAUAGGGUGCCAUUUUAGGACGCAUCCAGAGACAUACGUUUGUGCGGGGUGGGGGCGUGGUCACGGGUGUUCAGUGGGUGGAGCUAAUUAACUGUCCUCAGGCCAUUGGUGAAAGACACAAACAUUCAGACAUCUUGGUCAUAGCUAGGUCAUUAUUACAGACAAUUUGGUCUUUUUAUUUUGUUUUAAAUGUUCCAUAUUUUCUUUAUAAAACAAAAAAAAAUGAGUAACGUCAAUUAAUGAAUUAUCUGAUGAUGACGAUGAUGAAGAGAUUAGAACAAAAAUAAGAAAAGAUGAAAGAAAGACAAGCCAAAGCUGAAUAACAUAAUAUUAUAUAACUCUCUGAGUCUUGUCGAUGAUGAGGAGGAAUAUUAUCCAUAAGAAAACAUUAACGUUAUAAACAUUUUAUUUUAUUUUAGUACAGUAUCAGUUUGAAUGGACAUCUUUGUAUUGCACUGUAAAACAACAGUUGAAUUGUCUAUAACGUCUCAGUGAUUUAGUCCAUGGAUGGGAAUCGGGACAUUUAACUUGUUGGAAUAAGCUGUUGUUGUUGUUGUCUUAUCACCUCUGCGAGUUUGUGUCACAUUUCAGUUGAAUACAUUCAGUUGGAUAUGUGACUAGGUAUCCCCGUUUCCAUCGGCAACCCCACCUGUCUGUGGAUUUCACAAACGCUGUUGACCGACAAAAGGAACUCACGGCAUCCCGCUACAGCAGAAAUCUGAGAACAAGAAAAACUAUGUUUUGGACUGCAAAGAUGAUUUUUCUCACAGAAAUGUUUGUAUCAGGUUUAUCCUACUGAAACAGACUGCCUUAUUUUAUACAAUAUUUCUACAGUACAUUGUAGAGCUACAGUACAUUGUAGAGCUACAGUACAUUGUCCCAGCUACAGUACAUCGUCCCAGCUACAGUACAUUGUCCCAGCUACAGUACAUCGUCCCAGCUACAGUACAUUGUCCCAGCUACAGUACAUCGUCCCAGCUACAGUACAUCGACCCAACUACAGUACAUUGUCCCAGCUACAGUACAUCGACCCAACUACAGUACAUUGUCCCAGCUACAGUACAUCGUCCCAGCUACAGUACAUCGUCAGAGCUACAGUACAUCGUCCCAGCUACAGUACAUCGUCCCAGCUACAGUACAUUGUCCCAGCUACAGUACAUCGUCCCAGCUACAGUACAUCGUCCCAGCUACAGUACAUCGUAGAGCUACAGUACAUCAUAGAGCUACAGUACAUUGUAGAGCUACAGUACAUUGUAGAGCUACAGUACAUCGUAGAGCUACAGUACAUCGUCCCAGCUACAGUACAUUGUCCCAGCUACAGUACAUUGUAGAGCUACAGUACAUUGUAGAGCUACAGUACAUUGUAGAGCUACAGUACAUCGUAGAACUACAGUACAUCGUCCCAGCUACAGUACAUUGGCCCAGCUACAGUACAACGUAGAGCUACAGUACAUCUUCCCAGCUACAGUACAUCACCCCAGCUACAGUACAUCGUAGAACUACAGUACAUUGUCCCAGCUACAGUACAUUGGCCCAGCUACAGUACAACGUAGAGCUACAGUACAUCUUCCCAGCUACAGUACAUCACCCCAGCUACAGUACAUCGCCCCAGCUACAGUACAUUGUCCCAGCUACAGUACAUUGUCCCAGCUACAGUACAUUGUCCCAGCUACAGUACAUUGUAGAGCUACAGUACAUCGUAGAGCUACAGUACAUUGUCCCAGCUACAGUACAUCGUAGAGCUACAGUACAUCGUCCCAGCUACAGUACAUCGUCCCAGCUACAGUACAUCGUAGAGCUACAGAACAUCGCCCCAGCUACAGUACAUUGUAGAGCUACAGUGCAUCGUCCCAGCUACAGUACAUCAUCCCAGCUACAGUACAUCAUAGAGCUACAGUACAUUGUCCCAGCUACAGUACAUCGUCCCAGCUACAGUGCAUCGUAGAGCUACAGUACAUCGUCCCAGCUACAGUACAUCGUCCCAGCUACAGUGCAUCAUAGAGCUACAGUACAUCGUCCCAGCUACAGUACAUCGUCCCAGCUACAGUACAUCGUCCCAGCUACAGUACAUCGACCCAGCUACAGUACAUCGUCCCAGCUACAGUACAUCGUCCCAGCUACAGUACAUCGUAGAGCUACAGUACAUCGUCCCAGCUACAGUACAUCGUCCCAGCUACAGUACAUCGACCCAGCUACAGUACAUCGUCCCAGCUACAGUACAUCGUCCCAGCUACAGUACAUCGUCCCAGCUACAGUACAUCGUCCCAGCUACAGUACAUCCCACUGUGCAAUGGAUAAGGACAUAUGGACGUUUUUUAAUAACCCAGUCAGAAAACAAAUGUAUGUUCAAGUAAAUGUCAAUAUUUUUAUAGACUCUGAAUUUUACACUGGAGUGACAGGAAUAACAGAACAACUUAUUAACUAUCUGGGUUCACCUGCUGUGAAAUGUUUUGUUGGGUUGAUAGAGAAACAUUUCAGUCCUGUAAACAGAGAAACUCUGUCUGUGUCCUAAAUUGCACUCUAUUCCCUAUAUGGUGCAUCUCUGGGAGUAGGGUGCCAGCCCUGGUCUAAAGUAGUGCACUAUGUAGGGAAUAGGGUGCCCGCCCUGGUCUAAAGUAGUGCACUAUAUAGGGAAUAGGGUGCCAGCCCUGGUCUAAAGUAGUGCACUAUGUAGGGAAUAGGGUGCCAGCCCUGGUCUAAAGUAGUGCACUAUGUAGGGAAUAGGGUGCCAGCCCUGGUCUAAAGUAGUGCACUAUGUAGGGAAUAGGGUGCCCGCCCUGGUCUAAAGUAGUGCACUAUAUAGGGAAUAGGGUGCCAGCCCUGGUCUAAAGUAGUGCACUAUGUAGGGAAUAGGGUGCCAGCCCUGGUCUAAAGUAGUGCACUAUGUAGGGAAUAGGGUGCCAGCCCUGGUCUAAAGUAGUGCACUAUAUAGGGAAUAGGGUGCCAGCCCUGGUCUAAAGUAGUGCACUAUAUAGGGAAUAGGGUGUCAUUUGGUACGCACUCUAUAUGAUUAUAAUGAUUAAUUAAGGAUGUGGAUCACAGAAUUGUCUAUCACUGUCUUUUCCCCCUCUGUCUCCUAGAAACCAGCUUGCUUUGACUUGAUGUUGACCAACGUCCUCCCAUUAUUGGCCAUUUGUUCAAGAUCCUUUGUGACACGCAGACAAGGGGUCACUUUACCCAGGGUGCUCUGCCCAGGGAUGCUUUCAGAUGAGGAUACUAAUAUAUGUUAAACAAUGUUGCUUAUUAAGAUGAUUUCCUAUUUAAACAGUGUAUAUAUAUAAAAUACCAUAACACACAAAGCCAACGUCGGUUGAUGAUGAUGUGUUUUAUUAUUAGUGAUCGAUGAGUAACUUAAUAACUCCUUCAGGUUGAAUUAAACACUCACAUCAGGGAA